GAACCAAUGGAUUCAUGUGAUGACAAAUUCAUCUGAAGAGGAGUUUAUGCCGGAACUGGUCUUCUCGUGUCAAACACCACAACAAGACAUUAUAUACUCGGAUGAGUUACGUCACGUCGACGCCUACCUGUUUGGCACAGAGCUAUACGUUGAGCCCAUUUAUAGGACCGACACCACUGUGUCAGGCAAUGAAAACGAGCAAGCACAUUGCGAUGACAUUACCAUGAAUAACCCCGAUCAUAAUUACUUUAAAGCGAGUGACCCUGUAUUUAAUGGGAAGAUUAAUAACAAGAUGGUAAGUGCGGCCAAUUGUCGGCUAACCAGAAGUGCUGUCAAGAGAGGCCUGUGUCUUAAUGAAUCAGAAAUACAGGUUAAUAAUACAAAACGUGAUGAACAAUAUUACGCCUGGAGUCCAUCGGCCACACCAUUGGGCGAGUAUGCGAUCGACAGAAUUGUUUCAAUUGAAACAAUUGACGGACAGAUAUAUUUCGGUGUCAAAUGGUGUUCAUUAAGCGAUGAAUUCAAUACAUUAGAGCCGAUGGAAAAUGUGGUCAAUUGUCGGCCGUUUCGGAUAUUUGCGGCCAAUUAUGUUGACUUAGGUAUGGGUGCGAACACUCAGGCGUAUACCAAACGGACGGGCAGACCGUGUAAUGCCAACCAUAGUUGGAAAGCCGAUGCUUACCAUAAUUUAACAAGCAUUACAAAGCCGGCAGAUAUACCACGAGAGUGGAACCGUUUGAGCGCCGAUAGCUAUCACAUCGUCGACGCCUUCAUUGGACACCCCUUCCAGACCGUCGACAAGUUGCGCCAAUUCAGACACCUAUACCCCCAGCACAGGGGCGCACAUCUCACACACCCUACCGGUGCUGUCAAGAGGCUGUGUAAAGCCAUGAAACAAUGUACGGGUGGUGUUGUGUGUCUGGUUGUUGGG